AAUAAAUACGAGAAAUCUUUGUAGGAUGCAGAAUGGUAUUGAAAAUUAAUAUUGCUCAAAAAAUGCUACUGAAAAUUAAUGGGCAGGGCCAGGCGCUGCUGGUGUAAUCAAUCACAAUAUCUUCUUCAACAAAAUCAAUCAUGAAAAACCCCCAAUUUCUAAAUUCACAUAAUCACAGCGAUCGGAAAAUUCUCUCAAUUCGCUCUCUAUAAUGCUAUGUCACGCGGAACCCUAGAAUCAAUCCACACCAUUGAAUCAUGCGCCUUCCAGCUUCUCAGCUGGCGGCCCUUCGCCAAAACCUUGGAUUCCGACUCCUCCAAGCCCUGCUAUGGGCCCCAGAGCAAGCGCCCCUGCCGCUCCGACCGCGCCACCUCGUCCUUCUCCAUCGACGCCAUCCUCGACAUGUCUAAGCUCAGCCUCUUCGACGAUGACAGGGCGCUCUCCUACUCCGCCGCGCGGAAACGCUGGUUCGCCCGUAAGCGCCGCCGCCGCGGCGGGUCGAGGUCAGUCUCCGGGCGGAGCUCCGAUCGCAGGGGCGGGUGCUCCGUCGGCGCCUCUGCGGCGAACGGAACAUGCUCCGAUUUCCCUAUGGUGGCCGGAGGCACGGAUUCGAGUGGGGAGCUGUUUGGGGAUCCGAAUUGGUCGUCGGAUGUGAGUGAUCGGAAUUCGAGGAGAGAGAGGGAGCCGAGUGGGUUGGGGGGUGGGGAGAGAGAGAAUGUGAGCGGUGGGUGUGGGCAGUUUGGUAAUUGCGAUAACCAAGGGAAUGAAUCUGGGUAUGGGAGUGAGCCGGGCUACCGCGGCGAUGCUGAGCACGGUUAUGGCGAUGAGGAAGAUGAUGAUUCUAGGGUUUUGUUUUGGGGCGAUGAAUUUGGAGCUGAUAGUGCUUCCAAGUUGGAAAGAGUGGUUGAGAACUCCCUGCAGAAAGCUCAUCACAGAGGCCGUCGUAAGAAGCAUGAUAUGCGAAUGGUUGAUAACUCCUAGUAUAUGGAUUUCUACAAUAGACAAUCAAGUUCCCCCCCUUGCUUUGGAUGGUUUUGCACAAUUUUCAUGGCAAGAUCCAUUCUUCACUUUCGUACCAUUGCAUUUUCUUGAAAAUCCAAUCCAGAAAACCAACUGCAAGUUUUGAUCUAUAUUUUAGUGUGAUAUUUCAAGAAUGUUGAUUAUUGAAGGCAUAUCACCCUGUUUAUAUUGUGAUGGGUGGUAUUUAUUUCUUUUAUUGUGCGAGAACAUAAACUAUCUAGGUAUCUAUGUGUAAUUAAAAGUAAUUGUAUAUUAAUAUGCGCAUGGAUAACUUAAGGAAGUUGGUAUGCUAAUUUUUGUUUGAAA